UGUCAGAGCUAAAUAUAAUUUCUUCCGAAUUUUCCCUCGUAUGCAUAAUCUAUUUUCGUCUUGUAAUAUAAGAAGCAGGUCUGACUUUGUAAACAUUCUGGCGAUUAACGCAAAAAAUUGACGAUACUCAAUUACGAAAUUGUUAUUGCGGUAUUGCGGUAAUGCAAAAAACUCGUUUCACCUAUAAGUUUCACCAGGAAUUUUUGUUCGUUAUGCGCGUAAUCGUCGAAUUGUCAUGUGCGUAAUCUGUGGAAGACAGAUUUUGAUAAAAAAAAAUUAUCUUCGUGUACGAAACACUUCAAAUAAGCGCCUAUCUACAACUCAAAUAGUGCGUAUAGUUUAUAGAAAUAUGCCGCUGACGACGAAAUCUAAACACGAGGGAAACACUCGCGAAUAGAAAUAUUUGUCUGUGACAGUAUCGACCGUUUGAAAAUAGAUCUCUCUUGACUCCCAAUAGAAUAAUUCCAGGCUACUAGCUAGCUGACGUUAUUGCAUAAUAUACUGUCCAUACAUUAAAGUGCAUAUUCUCUCUGCAGCGGAGCUAUAUUAAUUUUCCUCGAGUAAAAGCUCGUAUGUACGUUGUGCUAUGUAAAAUAGCUAUUACACGCGCGCGCUAGUGGAUUGAAGAACGCGACGAACGCGACGAACGCGACGAUCCAUCAACCACCACCACUGCUAACAGCUGAGCCUGUCGUGCAACUUGCAGAGUCGAGUAGCGCCGGAUCAUUCCUCAGAUACCUACACAUCAUCAGCAGUUUCGUCGAAGCUCUCGCCGAGCUGACUGGUUGCUCCGGCCACUGCACAGUGUCUUCCCUUCCCUAACCUAUCGAAAACCACCAGGCCCACGCGUGCUCGAACUUCGUCGUUUCGCUGCUGCUGUACAAACGUCCAGAUUGUCGCUGCUCCAAAAUGUCGCAAGCACAGCAACAGCAGCUCCAAACCGCCGGACAGUUCAAGCUGGUACCCAAGAUCAUCAAUGGCGGCAUCGCGGGAAUCAUCGGGGUCUCGGUGGUUUUCCCCCUGGACCUGGUCAAAACGCGGCUGCAGAACCAAGUUGUGGGGCCCAAUGGAGAGAGAAUGUAUUCCUCGAUGUUGGACUGCUUUAAACGGACGUACAAGGCUGAAGGCUAUUUAGGAAUGUACAAAGGCUCGGCUGUAAAUAUUCUUCUGAUCACUCCAGAAAAAGCCAUAAAAUUGACUGCCAACGACACAUUCAGACAUUAUCUAUCAACUGGACCAGGUGAGCCAUUACCCUUGUUACGAGAGAUGUUAGCUGGAGGCUCAGCAGGUGCUUGUCAAAUAGUUGUGACAACACCAAUGGAAUUGCUGAAAAUUCAAAUGCAGGAUGCUGGUAGAGUAGCAGCUGCAGCUGCUGCUAAAGUAAAAAGUGAAGGAGGAGCACCACCCAAGAAAGCAUCUGCUCUGGCUUUGACGCGCGAACUUUUGCAAAAACGAGGAAUUUUAGGGCUGUAUCAAGGAACAGGAGCAACUGGUCUGAGAGAUAUUACAUUCUCUGUCAUUUACUUCCCUCUGUUCGCUAGAUUAAAUGACCUUGGUCCAAAACGUCCCGAUGGCUCUUCUGUAUUUUGGUGCUCAUUCUUAUCGGGUUGCGCUGCUGGUUCGACAGCAGCAUUAAUGGUAAACCCAUUUGAUGUAGUUAAGACAAGACUCCAGGCAAUAAAUAAAGCGCCUGGUGAACCGACGUAUGAUGGAGUUAUUGACUGCAUCGGAAAAACUUUGAAAAAUGAAGGCCCCACGGCGUUCUUCAAGGGUGGAGCGUGCAGGAUGAUUGUGAUAGCGCCAUUAUUUGGAAUUGCACAAACCGUUUAUUACCUCGGAGUCGCUGAGAAACUAAUGGGACUCCAAUAAGAGAAAGCUUUAAUUAAUUAAUUGUAGGCACACAUACAAGCCUAAAAACGAGCGUUUACGCGUACAAUAGUCAAUUGCUCGAUACAAACGACAAUAAUACUUUUACGAAAUAAUCCUACAUAAGAUUUUCAAAGCAUGUCUGUCAUAUGCCGAUUAUAUUAGCCGUACAAAGAGAAAGUAAGAUAUGGUACCUGCAAAAAUAUGCCGCAACAUUCAAGUCGAAAGCACUUAAAAUAUUAUGCUACAAGUGAUACUUUAUAGGUGUAUAAAGAUUAUUAAUUUACUCAAUAUCUAUUUUGAAGUGAGAACUGUUUGAAGCAUUUAAGCUCGAUAUAUCAAAAAACUGCCUAUCAAUUUAGUCUAAAUCUAGAGUACCCCAGUUCUUCCACUGAAAUAAUUGCAACGAGUGACUGCGAUUUUUCGCACACGUACUACUAUUGUAAUGAAAUGAAAUUCCGUUCUACUGUCUCCUUUAUUGUCGUCUUGUUAUUACUGGGUUAUAUCCAGCAAUGUUAAUGUGUACAUAUAUUACUCUGUGAGCCGUUAACAAAUGUAUAAACGGCGCGACGAUUGUGUCGAAUGCCGCGCGUUGUUGAAUGUAUUUUACGCUAAACAUAUCUACCCUUUUGUCCUUAUUUAGUUUGUAAUGCUUUACAGUAUGCUGCAUGCGCUCAAGCGUUGACUAUGUAAUAUUUUUAUGUUACUAUAUAUAUAUAUAUAUUAUGAACAAGCUUACAGUAUAUACAAACGGACAAAAUGAGUUUUUAAACAUUCUAUGUCAGUUCCUAUAUAUUUUGAAGAAAUGACAGCAACAUUAUAUUGUCGUAAAUUACGAUUUUUAUUAUUAUUAAUUAUUAUUAUUACAUCAUUGUUGUUGUUAAUUUUGUUAUAAUUGCUUUAUGUACAAAGAAACAACAUUCCACCAAGA